AUGCCUGUUCCAGGUCCAGAAGCUGUACAGCAGCAUGCCUGUAUGUUUGCCAGCAGCACAAGCAGAAGCAAUAUGGAAGUGAAAGAGCGACGUCCAUACUGCUCACUCACCAAGAGCCGCAAGGACAAGGAGGGGCCGUACACGGGUUCAUCAGGGGACAGUGAAGACUGUGCUAUUGGCUCCCAGGGACUCCGGGUCCCCACUCAGAAGUCCUAUUCCUCCAGUGAAACACUCAAGGCCUUUGACCAGCACCAAGACCAGACCAGGUUACUGUACGGGACCACCAAGGGUUACAAGGACAUGGUCCACCGUGAACAGGAUGAUUAUAACAGACAAGGUCAGCAUUUCAGUCUUCGUCAGCUGGGAAUCUGUGAGCCACCUUCGCGCCGUGGCCUGGCCUUCUGCUCCGAGAUGGGCCUCCCACACCGCGGCUUCUCCGUUGGCACGGCCCAGGACAUAGACGCAGACAGUCAGGCUGUGAUGUCACCAGAGCGCGCCAUGAAUCUGUGGGGCCGUGGGGGUCUGGGUAAAUCCUCAGGGAGGAGUUCCUGUCUGUCCAGCCGCUCCAACUCAGUGCUGACUCUCACCGACACCGAGCAUGAGAACAAGUCGGACAGCGACAACGAGUGCAAUGUAGGGAUGAACUAG